GCGUUGAUGACGCGGCGGAAUCACGUGAUCUCGAUCCAGGAGCCCUGAACUCAGCUGGGCUCGGCCGAGAGAAGCGUCCCGACAACAACAACACUUUAUGACCUCAUGUUAGCGCCGCUGCGUCGGUGUGUGUGACUGCUCUUCUGCCGAGGACGCUGCUAGAGCCACCCCAGCGUUCAGCAUGGCGGGCCGUGGAGAAGUGGACUGUUCAGUGAACGCCCCGGCUCCCUCCAAGCUGAUAGAGGAAGUAGGAGAGACUCCAGACCCUUCCGGUUCCACCGCCGUAACCCCGGAGUGUGCCAUCUGCCUCCAGAGCUGCGUCCACCCCGUUCGCCUCCCGUGCCUCCACGUUUUCUGUUUCCUGUGUGUGAAAGGUGCCUCCUGGCAGAGCAAGCGCUGCGCUCUCUGCCGACAAGAAGUCCCGGAGGACUUCCUGGAGCGGCCGGUUCUCCUGUCGCCUGAGGAACUGAAGGCGGCGGCCGCAGGGGUGAGCCGAAGCGGAGCGACGGGGGCCGGUUCCCGUGGUGACUACGCGUGGUACUAUGAGGGGCGCAACGGCUGGUGGCAGUACGAUGAGAGGACCAACCGGGAGCUGGAGGAGGCCUUCGCUAAGGACAGGAAAAGCACAGAGAUGCUGAUUGCUGGGUUUCUUUACGUGGCCGACCUGGAGAACAUGGUGCAAUAUCGGCGGAAUGAGCAUGGCCGCAGACGCAAGAUAAAGCGGGACAUUGUGGAUAUCCCCAAGAAGGGUGUUGCGGGACUGAGGUUAGACCCCGAACCUGUCCCCAUUCUUUCCGCACCAGUUGUCACCCCAGCUGCGACAGAUCGCGUCAGCUCAGCGGAUGGCUCGGACACUGAUGGCCAGUCGCAAACGUCAUUCUUUGGGAUUAUGGCAUCUCUUCCCCCUGUAAGACCUCCAACACUCCUGGGGCGCCACCUCACCAGUCCCCUUCCUCCCUCGCCGUCAAGCGUGGAAGAGUCGUUCUCCCAGCUCCUCAUCAGCCAGCCAGAGGGUGAAGAGGUGGAGGGAGACGAUGAGCUACAGACGUACGAGUAUGCGUCCGGCAGCAGUGAGAGUGAGGAGGAAAGGGAGUGCGAGAGAGGGGGAGCAGAAUCGCUGCGGAGACGAAGGCAAAGACCGUUGAGAGAGAGCCAGCCAGCCAGGAUGCCUCCGAGGGGCGGGCCCUCCAGCUCUGCUCUCAAUCUCCGCUCACGUAGUCCUGAUGGACAGUGCACUGUGACGGAAGUGUGAUUGUGACUGGGCAGCGAUAUCUGUCCAACAGAUCACAGUGCUUAAACUCUCAACAGGUUGAAAGAGAGUAUGCAUCUUUAAAGGUCCCAUGAAAUGAAACUUUUUUUUGUGGUGUUAUUUGUAACACUGGGGCAAAUUUUCCACAUCCAUCAUGUGCCAAAUUUGAUUCAAAAUACAUCUCACUUAUUUUUAUAUCAAAAUAUUCAAAGAUCUCCAUCCAAUUGAAUGUAAUCUUAGUUUUGUAUGAUAUCCGGUAAACCGUUUCUUCCAAUCUUGCAGGUCUACAAAGGUAACUAGCAGUAGCAGCAAUAACAUGGGUCACUGCUUUGAGUAUGUUAUUUUUGAAAAUGAUAAUUGACAGCUAUCUCCACUGUUAACAUAUAAUAUCUUAACACCUGGGAUAAAUGGUGCUCAUAUUUGUUGUCUUUCACCCAAUAUUGCGUUUCAGGCAGAAAUGCUGGAACCGUUACAACUAGGAUCACAAAACAGUCGAGGUGGAAUCUUUGAAAUUAUCUGGAAUAAUAUUUAAAUAUAGGUCUGUAUCAACCAUGACAUAUGCAGAUAGGAACAAGUCUUUAGCAGACAUAAUCAAUUCAUUUGCCAAAUAGCUAGCUAGCAAAACAAACGAGCAGAUGGUGUCCACAAGUUUAAAAACUGUUGCUUUAGGCUACAAUCUGCUGUUUUGACUUAGAGAGUGCAGUGACGUUGGCAGUAGUCUAAGCUGCACAUGUGGUGGGAGAUUACACUGGGCAUGCAGAAGGUUGUAAUUCUACAAAAUUAGUGGGAUGCUAUCAAAUAUUCAGAGUGCUGCUGAAUGCAUUGCUUGGUUACAAUUCAAUUAACUGGGAAUACUUUAAACCAAAACAUGCCAUAAGAGCUAGUAUCGCUUUAUAUGUGUAUUACCCUCCAAAUAAGUUAAGUAUUUAAAUUCCAAAUCUUUAUUGAAAUUGUGCAAAUUCCUGAGUUUAACUUCUGUUUGAAAAUUUCUAGAAAUCUCCUGACGCUUUACAACCAUAGUUACAACAUUAAAGCCAUUUCAAGGGACCUUUAACAUGAAAUAAAGCCUUUUUUUUUUUUUUUUUUUUAAGACUUAAAAAGCAAGUUUCAGUCAGCAAUACACUGUAAACAAUGGUCGUCUUGCAUCGCUCUCAGCAACAGCUUAUGAAGUGAAGCAUAACAGUCUUGUUUUCAGGCCAAAAUAAUGUGACGGACUUUGGCAACUUCUUGGUCAAUGCUGUCCAAAUAACUACCAUCUGUCACUGUCCUGCGAAAUAGCAAUACAACUGCUUUUGAAAUGAAAUAACAUCCUCUUUGUUCUCUAUUCUUUUGAGUUUAUUUUUAAAGUGGCUGAUGUGUUUUUUUGUUUUUUUCUUCUCUCUUUAGAAGUGAUGGUGUAAAAAUUAAGCUUAAUUGUAGCAGCUUAUGUAAAUGUUACAGAGAGUUAAAACUGCUCACAUUUAUCUGCUUGCUGAUUUAGUUUUUUGACGUAGAGAAGUUUGCAUCAGGAUCUAAUUAAUGAUAUUUAAACUGGAGUUUGUGUGUGUGGCUGCGUUUGGGCGUAGAAGGGGAUCAGAGACGGCUUUCCCUCUAUUUUAGUGUGGAAGCCUUGUUUUAAUGAUGGUGUGUGUUUGUGGAGUUGGGUGCUGAAAAGCUACUGGCAAAACCACUGGAAAGUAUCAGGCUAUAUAUGUAGAGAGACUCAUUUGGAUUUCUAUUUCUUGUCAUAGUACUCUGGAUAGGGCUACUAUCUGAGCACUGACGUCUACUUGGACGAUCUCAAGCUGUCCUCACACGCUAUGUUUAUUCCCUUUUUUUGUCUCAGCUGUUAUUAUUUUAACUGUCAACUUUUGUUGUCAACGUGUCUAACCAUCUGGAUUAUCCAAACAAACUUGUCUGUGUGGCGUUUCCUCUGUGAUGUUUUGUCAACUUAUUAAAUGCCUAUA